AUGGAGAAAAUACCCACGGUACAAAAGGCAGCGGUGCUCCAGGACCCAGGACCAAACGCCAAGGUCGUGAUUCGCAACGACGUCCCCGUCCCGACUCCGGGGCCUCACGAGGUUCUCGUCCGGAUCAGUACGACCGGAAUCUGCGGCUCGGAAACCCGCGCCUUGCGAGGCUGGGGCGCCUACGACCCGAUCGUAGGCCACGAAGGCGUCGGCAUCGUCGUACGCCUCGGACCCUCCGCGCCACCGGACCUCCUGGGUCGCAAGGUGGGCGUGAAGUGGCUGUACAGCGCCUGCGGCACGUGUUCCGCCUGCGUCCGCAGACAUCAUAACAACUGCCCUAAGCAGAUCAACACGGGUAAACAGCGUCCCGGUACGCUUCAGCAGUUCGCAGUCGCAGAUUCGCGGUAUCUUACGGUCAUCCCGGAAGGUCUCGACGACGCGGAGGUCGCGCCGUUGUUGUGUGCCGGGUUGACUAUGAUGGGCGCCGUGUCCAAACUCCAGGGGGAGCUGGAGAGGGGCAACUGGGUGGUUAUCCAGGGGGCCGCGGGUGGGUUGGGGCAUUUGGGGGUGCAGAUUGCUGCGCGGAUGCGCGGGUUGAGGGUUAUCGCCGUGGAUAAGGGGGCCCACGAGGACUUUUGUCGAGGCUUGGGCGCGGAGGUGUUUGUGGAUUAUCUGACCGAGGAUGUGGAGAGGGUCGUGACGGAGGUGACUGGCGAGGGGGCGCACGCCGUUCUAGUUGUCCCGGAGUCCGAGGACGCGUAUAGGAUUGCACCUAAAUUGGUCAGGGCCAUGGGCACGAUUGUCUGUGUGGGUUUACCGCAUAAUGAGUUUUUGAUUCCGGUGUCGGUUACGAUGUGUGCUGUUAAAGCUUUGAACAUCAAGGGCGCUAUGGUGGGGACGGAAGAGGAGAUGGCUGAGCUCCUUGGUGAGGCUGCCAAGGGACGUGUGAGGGCUUGUGUUGAGCGGUUUGGUCUUUCUCAUACGCAUGAGAUUAUACAAAAGUUGUCGAGGGGCGAAGUUUUUGGGAGAGCUGUUGUCACUUCUUUUGAUGCAUGA